AUGAGCAUCAACGUCUACAUUUGCAAUUCCAAAGUUAUUCAAGUCUGCAAUGCCUGGGGAGUCACUCCUGAAGGACAAAGCUCUUUGAGUGAUCUUCUUCGUUGCUGUCGAGCUCAUCGAGUUUUGUUCUUCGAAAAAAGCGACAAUGCUGCUCCCAAUACUCGUUUACUUCAUACCUUCGUGGUCUUCUAUCAGCUAAAGCAAUUUUCACUAUGCCUCUUUGGUAGAACGAUUUGCAAACUUAAGGCGUAA